CUAAUAUUUUUCCAAAAAAAUGUUCCCAUCGAAAAACCAAAGGUCAUCAAAUUUAAAUCUCGAUCUGCCGGAUAAAUUUUUUGAUAUAUUUGCCAGUGUUAAAAAUUUUCUCUGAUAUUUCUCUCAAGAGCACAGAGAUAGCUACAUUUUUACUUAGUUAUUUUCAUCUUAAGUAUUAAUUUUUCCAAUCUGUUAGUGCUCGAGUCUCUCCCCGAGAAGAGCCAAAUAAAUGAGCGAAACGACAAUUGAGCCAAAUAGCUUGCGAGCUUACCAAUCAGCGGUCUUUGUCGAAAACAAUGCGUAAAGAAAAACUCGUUACUAUGGAAACCGUGCUCAAUCAAAAUGGUGGACAGUCCCGAAUGAAAGGUCUUUGCUUGGAACGAUCUGAAUUUUAGACCUAUAAUUCAAAAGCCAUGUCCUCUGCAGGCACGACAAAGAAAGUUCCGUCUGUUAUUCGCACGGUGGUGCCAGGAAAUCGAACACUCGAUCAAAUUUACGAAGACGAAGCUCGCGAAAUUGUCGACGAAGCGAUCGAAAAUGCUCGACGUCGUAUGGCUGACUAUGCUGGCGAGGAUGGAAGAGAAGGAGAAGCUCCUGCUCAGCAGGAUCAGCCAAUAAUAGAUCCUGAGACAGGUUAUGAGAUACCGAACAUCAAAUGGAUGACGGCAGAUAACUUCACAGUUGCAGGGGGAUUAGAAAAAAUUGAGGAAUUCAUCAAGACAUGGGAACGUGAUGGUAGCUGGUUAUACUGUAUUGACUUUUUAAGAGAGGAAGAGUACCCUUACAGCUGGCGAUAUAGGUAUGCCGUCAAGUGGAGUAUACCAACCAGGAGAAGACCAAUUCCCAGGGCAACUGCUUCUGUUUAUAUAACCAUUGAAGUUAGCAAAUUCAAGCCAAAGACAUUCCCAGUGGAAGUGUAUUAUAUUUUUGAGACACAUCAUCUUGUCCAUAGGCCUGGUAGAACAAGGUUUCGAGAGAAGUGGUUGAAAGAUAUUAUCGAAAGCAAGAUUCAACUGAUGGGUGCAGUAGAAUUCUGAUCCAUUAUGGGGUUAUUUCCCAGGCAGUUAGAAAUGUGAAAAUCACACCUUUUAGAAAUAAUGAAUUGCUUGAGAAGAAGAGGCCUAAAUUUGAAGCUGAUGUAUAAAAUCCUGAUUGGCAGGCUUUACUCUUCUUACUAAAUGGAGAAAUCAAUAGUUUUGUUGAAGACAUUUUGGGUAUUAUUUAUCAUUUGUUUUAGUGUAAUAACAGUAUUAACCGUUGAUGUUAUUUAAAUAUAGCAGUUAAUACUUUAAGUACACUCAGUCAUGUCAAAAACCAAUCUGUAAAUACUGUUUAAUACAAAAUUUUUCUCAAUAUGAACUUGUAAUCACACGGUGAAUCUUCUUUUGCGCUAAAAUCGCGAUAAUCCCCUAAACAUCAAUAAUGAUUUGUAAUGCAGAUUUUGCAAAUUGCUUCCAUGAGGUUGUUUAUUUUUCAUAAGAAUUCACAACUGAAUUAAUUUCUGCUGGGGUAUGGCACAUAUUCAACAAACAAUUAGUACAAAGAGUUAGUAGACUUUCACUUGUGUAUAUAGGGCUAUAAAGAAACAAACGAACAAACAGACAUAACACGCUGAAAUCGAUUGUAUCAGUGUUUAUCACCUGUAUAAAAUUCCAGGUCAUUACUGUACAGAUGUAUUGAGAUUUAAUUGUAGGUCUCUUGUAAAUUUGAGAGGAACUUAUUAAGAAAAAAACACUUUUUGUACAA